AUGAGCGCCAGCGAACCCAAGAUUAAGAGUAGCUUCAGUCGGUCGGGAGGAUCCACGAGUCCAAGUCCAGGCCCUGAAUCCCAAGACAUGGCUUGGCCUGGCACGUGUGACCCCUUCCCCCUUUCCCCCUCUCUCUUUCUCUCUCCGCACCCAUUCCCGCGCCUCGUCCGCACCUAUUUCGUGCAUUACUUCUCAUCUUUUCGCCUCCCCGCCCACCACUCCUCCCUAUCAUAACUACCUCCUCGCUUUCCUCGUUCUCAAACUCUCGCCAUUCCUACUUCUCUUUUCCUUCCGAUCCUUCUAUCUACUCCUACUACCACCCCUCUUUUAUCUUUUCCUCCCGAUUCUUCAAAUCCACUCUUUCUUUAAUUUGUCUACCAAAGUAACAGAGGGAAAAGAUGCAUGCCUUUUCCACUGAGAAGCAGCAGCUACUCUACUACGGAAGGAACCCUCUUCUCGAUCUCGAUGUCCCUCCAAGAAAGAUCCUCCAUCGGCCUGGCCUUACAAUUUACGUCCCCGAUGACGACCAAGACCAAGAACCCAAGUUCAAUGAAGAAGGGAAGGAGAUAGACGGAGAGGAAGAAGGGGAGGAGGAGGAGGAAGAAGUGGAUACUUACUCGUGCGACGAGUUCCGGAUGUACGAAUUCAAGGUGCGGCGGUGCAUGCGCGGGCGGAGCCACGAUUGGACGGACUGCCCCUUCGCCCAUCCGGGGGAGAAGGCGCGGCGGCGGGACCCACGGCGGUACCACUACUCGGGCGCCAUCUGCCCGGACUUCCGGCGGUCGGGGGCGUGCCCCCGCGGGGACGCCUGCGAGUUCGCCCACGGCGUGUUCGAGUGCUGGCUCCACCCCGCUCGCUACCGCACCAUGCCCUGCAAGGACGGCCGCCGAUGCCGCCGCAAGGUCUGCUUCUUCGCCCACUCCCCUCGCCAGCUCCGCCGCCUCCCCUCUCCCGCUUCCGCCACCACUCCCAUCCCCUCCCCUCGUUUGCCUCACAAGCACUCCUGCUGUGCCGGUUGGCCCGUGGCCUCGUCGCCGACUUCACCGCUGACGGGUUUCUCGUCUCCGAUCUCGUCUCCUAUUUCCCCAUCUGGUGGAGCGUUUCAGCUCUCCAGUCAUACGGGAAAUAAUAAGAAUAAGAAUAGUAGUGGUGGCGGUUGCAAGGGUCAUGGAUGGUUGUUUUCUAGUGGGGUGAUGGGCUACGAUUCAGUAUUGUACGAGGAGGUGAUGAGUUCUCUGGAGGCGAUGGAGCUUUCUGGAGAUGCUGCUGCUGCUUCUGGGAUCAAAGGAAAUGGUUGUCGUUCUUCUUCGAGUUUUGGCCCGAUAGAGGAGAGGGAUUUCGCGGAGCAGCAGAGCAGCAGCAACAGCGGUGGGCCAGAUCUAGAAUGGGUGAACGAGCUGCUGAUGUAAUAGCUGGUGAUGAUGUGAUCAAAGCCGUUGGAUCUGGGAUUUAUGGUGUACAGAGGGGUACUGUCUUAUCUGUUACUAUGUGGUUAACUUUUUUUUUUUUUUUUUCUUUGUUUGUUAAGGUAUGUUUACGUUUGAGAUUUUUGUGCGAGGCCGGGCGGUUUGGGAAGAAUCCGUUUUAUGCACCGCUUCUGAUCCUUGAGUUCUGUUUUGAAUUUUUCUUGUUAGUGAAGUAUUAAGGUGAUCUGUGUGGC